AUGGGCACCUCCGGCUGGGUCGCCGUGACGGAGCCUCGGGAGGAGGCCCUGGGCCGGACCGGCGCCUUCGUCCUGGAGCACCCCACCGAGCGUGGCCUGGCGAUCUCCGCCGCGUCCACCAUGACCGCCGGGGGGGCCCUGGACUGGGCGCGCCAGGCGUUCCGGCCCGCCGGGGAGGCGCCCGCGGAGGAGCACUACGCGCGCAUCUGCGCGCUGGCCGCGGAGUCCGAGCCCGGCAGCCGGGGGGUGAUGUACCUGCCCUGGCUGGGCGGGGAGCGCUCGCCGUUCCUGGACCCCGACGCCCGCGGCGGCUUCCUCGGCCUCUCCCUGGCCUCGACGCAGGCGGACAUGUUCCGGGCCAUGCUCGAGGGCGUCGCCUACGCCUACCGCUCCCUGCUGGAGGUCGUGGCGCCGGGGCACGCCCGCGGCCGCGGCGCCGCCGUCCUCGUCGCGGGCGGCCCCACGAAGUCCCCGCUGUGGAUGCAGGCUGGGAGCGCCCGGGCGCUCCUCGGCCGCUCGUGGUGGCGCAGCCCUGCUGCGGCGACCCGCUGUGCCCUCGG